AUGUACGGCGUCCUUCCCUCCAGCCUGCAGAAAUACGACCAUUUCCUAUUCCCCGGUGUGGUGCCCCGGUCGUUCAUAGGAAGUUUGUUUCUCGGAAGCGCGCUCUACCCCCUGGGAUGGGCAUGUAACGCCUUCGGGCUAAUACAGAACAAGUUCGAUCUCCAGGUGUACGCAAGAGGCAUCCUAGCGCUCGUCAACCUACGCAGCCUGUGCAUGUUACGCAAGGAGACGAGCAACCGGUUUGGCUAUACUGCAGGACUGUGGUUCACCGUCCUCUCUUGCACACAGUUUCAUGUGCCGUUCUGGCUAAGCCGGACGCUGCCGAACAUGUUCGCCUUCCCUCUUGUAAACGUCGCGUCUGCGUUGCUCCUCCGCAAGUCCCGGGGAGGAUCAGCGAGGAACUAUCAGCGAGCCCUGGCGCUUGUCGUUCUAGCAACAACGAUCUUCCGCGCUGAGCUGAUCCUGCUGCUCCCCGGACUACUGGUCGAAGGACUUAGGAGAGGUGUCUCCUCGCAGAGGAUAUUCCUCACAGGUGCCAUCUCCGGCUCUGUCGCGUUAGUGGCGACAGUGUUGAUCGAUUCCUAUUUCUGGCAGCAGUGGCCUCUGUGGCCCGAGUUCCAGGGAAUAUGGUUCAACGUCUUCGAAGGGAAGAGCCAAGAGUGGGGCGUCUCUCCCAUACACGCGUACUUCACUUCCCACAUCCCCAAGCUGCUGCUUGGCGCCCUCCCGCUCUCUCUUGUCGGACUCGUGGACUCCCAAGCACUGGAGAUUCUCCAGCCUUGGAUCGCUUACCUGAGCCUGAUCUCCCUCCUGGGACAUAAGGAAUGGCGGUUCAUCGUCUACGCCGUGCCGGUAUUGAACGUUGCAGCUGCCCGAGGGCGGAGAUGA